ACUACGACAGGGAAGUCAUGGGAGUGCACGGACUUUGGAGGCUGCUGGAGAGCACAGGGAAACCCGUCAAUCCCGAGACACUGGAGGGAAAGAUUCUUGCUGUUGAUAUCAGUAUAUGGCUGAAUCAGGCAGUGAAAGGGGUGCGGGACCGUGAAGGCAACAAUGUCCAAAACGCCCACCUCCUCACUCUCUUCCACCGAAUCUGCAAACUGCUCUUUUUCCGCAUCCGACCAGUCUUUGUGUUUGAUGGGGAUGCUCCACUACUUAAGAAACAAACACUGGCAUUGAGGAGGCAAAGGAAGGAAGAGUUAAGCCAGGAGUCCAAAAAAACUAACGAGAAACUUCUCAAGACAUUCCUGAAGAGACAAGCUAUCAAAGCUGUGCUCGGAGAUAACAGUAAGGAUCCUCUACCCAGCCUCUCCACUGUGAGGAGAAAUGAGGUGGAUGACAUGUAUAUUUUACCAGCUCUGCCACCUGCAGAGGAGGAGCAAAAACGCAGUUCAGAGGAGGAGGAGGAGGAGGAAGAGAAAGAGUGUGAGGAUGUGGUUAAGCAGAUGUAUGAGGGGGAAGAACUGUAUGCGGACCCCAACUCCGUGGACAUCAACUCUGAGGAGUUUACCUGCCUUCCACUGGAAAUGAAACAUGAGAUACUCAAAGACAUGAAAGAGUUUUCUAAAAGGCGCCGAACCCUGUACCACAGACCUCCAGAGAUCUCUGCUGACUUCUCUCAGUACCAGCUGGCCGGUUUACUGCACAGGAACAAGCUGAAUCAACAUCUGGAGGGAGUGGAGAAAGAGAUGAACCAGCGCAGUGCUGGUAGCACAGCACAGGUGUACGGAGAAGACGCUGAGAGUCAUGACGUGGAGUCACGUCGACUUGUUUCUGAAGACAACUCCCAUUACAUCCUUAUUAAAGGCUCCAACAAAAGUAAAAAUGCCCCUGAGAAGCAGCCUGCCACUGCCGCCUGGACUGGAAAUUCAACCUUUAAAAAGCGAGCAACGGACAAACCAGAGCCUCUUUGGUGUCCAGUGUCUGAGGAAGAAGAUAAGAAACAAAUUUCCUGUUCAGAAGAAUGUAAACCCUCGGUAUCUAAACAAGCGUCGCCCCCUUCGCCUCGCACACUGAAGGCUAUCCAGGCAGCUAUGAGUGACGAUUCUGAUGUGGAAACGGUGGAGCAGGAAAAGAGAGACGGUCGCAUUUCUCCACGUACAAUGCUCGCCAUCCAACAAGCUCUGGCUGAGGAGGACGAGGUUGAAGCAAAGCACACGACUCAAAGCAGCAAGUUACAAAUAGUAAUUAGCAGCUCCGAUGAAGACACAGAACCUAUCAGAGAUAAGUCUGACUUUCCAAAGAGCCCACCAGCCAUAAAUGUACCUCAGCGCUCGUUUGACAUUAGUUCAGAAGACAUGGACGAAGUCAUCGGACAGAGAAAUAAAGCUUUCCACUUUGCAGCAGAUAUUCAGGAAUUUAAUGAAGCCUCAGAUGCUGGGGAGAAGAGUGAGAUGCUUAAAGCCAAGUUGGCUGGAAGCUGCAGUCAUCAAACAAAGAAACCUGAUGAGAGAGGAGACUGGGCACAAGCGUUGAUGUUUGAGAAGGCACAUCACAUCCAUGCUGAGACAGCUGCUUGUGUGUCAGUGCAGCUGCAUGAAAAACCUCCCGGAGAGGCUGAGCAGCAAAAUAAUGAACCUACUAUUCCACAGACAAGUUGUUUUGAUGAGAGUGAAUCAGAAGAUAGCUUCUAUGAAGUAUCAGAAGAGGAACCUCUAGACGAUGCAGAGUCCGUCCAUGACGAUGAGACUAUGGAAGCAGAAAGUCGGUCCAAUGUCCCUGGCAGUCCUGCAAGGUCUUUGAAGUUGGAAAAAGAAAAAGUCAACAAAACAUACACCGAAGAGGAGGAAGAGUUGGAGGAGGGAAAAGAGAAAGAGUCUAGCCCACCUCCUUCAGUCAAUGAAUGGGAAGAUUUUGAUGUGGAUGAGCUGCAGUCACUCGAGAGUUCCCUACAAGUGGAACAAAGCAGCCUGAGGGAGCAGAAACAGCAACAGGAGAGAAUGGCCAACACAGUCACAGGGCAGAUGUGCCUGGAGAGUCAGGAGCUCUUGCGGCUUUUUGGGAUUCCAUUCCUUGUGGCGCCGAUGGAGGCGGAGGCACAGUGUGCUGCACUAGAUCGAACCGACCACACUAAUGGGACCAUCACUGACGAUUCUGAUGUUUGGCUGUUUGGAGGGCGACAUGUCUACAAGAACUUCUUCAGCCAGAAGAAAUACGUGGAGCACUACCAGUACAGCGACCUCCAGAACCAAUUGGGCUUGGACAGAACAAAAAUGAUAAACCUGGCUUACCUGCUGGGAAGUGACUACACUGAGGGUGUGCCCGGGGUUGGGUAUGUGACUGGCAUGGAAAUACUGAAUGAGUUCCCAGGACCUGGACUGGAGCCACUAACAGAGUUCAGUAAAUGGUGGUCAGACGCUCAAGAGAAAAAACGUUUGACCGCUAAUCCUCGGGACACCAAAGUGAAGAAGAAGCUGCGCGGCCUCAAACUUCAGCCUGGCUUCCCAAACCCAGCGGUGGCGGAGGCUUACUUGCAGCCUGCUGUCGACCACUCAGACGGUUCGUUCAGCUGGGGACGUCCACAACUGGACAUGAUCAAAGAUUUUUGUCAAAUUCGUUUUGGUUGGAGCGGUCAAAAAACCACGGAGACCCUUCAGCCUGUCAUCAAGCAGCUCAACCUGCAGCAGACUCAGCUGAGGAUAGACACAUUCUUCCGCAUAGAGCAACAAGAGAAGCAGGCAAUCCGAAGUCAGCGACUCCGCCGGGCCAUCACCUGCAUGAAAAGAAAGGAAAAAGGCGAGGAAGAUGAAGAGUCUGAGGAAGAAAUCGUGUCUCCAUGCAAAUCCAAGAGGGGCAAGACAAUAGAGCAGAACAAGAGGAAUGCUGCACACGGGAAAUUGAGCGAAGAGGAAGCAUCUGUGGUCGGAGGAGGGUUCUUGGGGUCAGAGGGAAGUACAGAAACUGUAAUAACAUCUUUGGAUGAUGUGACCUGCACCAUUCAGGAGUCACACUUGCCAAAGGUUACCAAAACGGUAGCACAGAACACGACACAGAGCAUCAAGAGCAAUAGCAGUACUGGUGAGGACAGUGAAGAUGAUACCGAUGCUAAAGUUUCAAUGGUGACUGCCCGCUCUGUGUUUAAAGGAAAUAUGAGAGGACGUGGUGCUAAAAGCAAAAGAGGAAGAGGAAGGAAAAACAAAAAAAAAUCUGAUGUAUAAGAGUCACCAGUGUCUUAGCAGCACCUACUAAAUUUAGAAAGAAAAACAGAUUUUUUGCCACAUCGGACUUUUAGCCGCACUACUACCACUCAUAAAAUGGCAUAUUGUGGUGCGCAUGAGUCUGUGAGUACCAGGCAGCGUUUUGACACGAGCUAAUCAUGAGCUAUGAGAAAGCUAACAACAAGCUUGUCAACCCGUCGUAAAUUGCAGAAGAUCAUUCCUAAAUAUAACACUCUGACUCAUGGUGUCAUCUUACAAAGAAUGCUAAAUCAUCACAUAGCAAUGUAACAACGACAAGCUAGCUCAGAAAUAUACAAGGCAAUUAAAAACAACAGCUUAACUUCAUUCCAUUGAUUAUUGUUGCCAAGGGUGCUGCGAUGACGUCGGCCUCCCACUGGGAGGUGCAUUGGCUGUACCGUUGUUAUAAGCUGCCGGGUUCAAAAUUGUACGAAAAAAGUAGCGUCUUAUAGAUCGUAAAUGAUGGUAGUUAUUCUGUGCUGCCUUUUGGGUCCCAAUACUCCAAAUACUGAAGUUCUUCAGUGGGAUGGUUGCAUCAGAAUGUGCAUCCGGUGUGAAAACUAAGCCAAUGAAAUCAUCCAAGUGGCUUGCUGUGGUGACAUCUGAUGGGAGAAGCCGAAAGACUACCACUACUACUACUACUACUACUACUACAAAUGACACCUGGUGUAUAUUUGUAUUGUAACAAUACAUUGUCUAUGAAUUGUGUAAAAGUGUAAUCAUGAAUACAGUGCUUUUUUGUAUUUAUAGAACACAGUGAAAAGUACAGUGCAGGUUGCCACUGGCUUGUGCUAACCCACAGAAUAUUUUUUAUGUGUGAAUACUGAAUACACUAAUAAGAUAAGAUAAGAUAAGGUAUGCCUUUAUUGGUCCCUCAGUGGGGAAAUUUGCAUUGCACAUCAGCAAGAGUACAGAGUCAGUUAAGCAGUACAAAAUACACAAUAUAGAAAAAUAAACAAUAUAAACAACCCAAGUAUUAACAACAGUUU